CCCGCGAAUGCGUAAUUCGUACCAUCAGUUCCCCAACAGUGUAAUGCGCCUUGGGGGUAGUGGCUUACCAUACGACGGCGACCCCCUGACAAUGAGCGCAGCUGGUAACGACUAUGCCGAAUUAUGCGAUCUUGGACCCUCACGCUGGAGUACACGAGCCUAUGGUUACCAUGCAACAGCAGCGAAUGCAGCAGCAGCCGGUAUUGGCAUCGGCGGCGCCACACAAUCAUCAUCGAGCGUGCCCACGGGUGGUUCCGCGGGCCUCUCCGCCCACCAUUUACGCAGCAGUGCAGCUGUGCCGAGCAGUUAUGAGGCUGAGGACAUUGGCCUGGGCUUUGGCAUGAUCAGUCCGCCACCAGGCAGUGGGCCCUACGGCGUUGGCUCCCGCGUUGGCAACAGCACCAGCUCGUUGCGUGCUAGCGGUGGCGCCGGCGGCGGCGGACGCUCAGGCCUGUAUUACUCACCGCCAGGCACAUCGUACACGAUCAUUGAACGGCCCCAUUCGCCGCACUAUUACUACAAUUCGGCUGGUGUGCCCUCCAAGGGUGGGUCGUUGCCGGGCCGGGGCUCGGCAUACCUUAGCAGUUCACCAUCAAGUCACAUGGCCGCGGGAACGGCGGGCACUCUGCCCACGUCGACGGCGGCCAGCGCUCGGCAUGCGGCUGCGGCGGCCAUGAGCAAUGGCAACAAGAAGCGGCCCAUAUCGCCGGAGCAGGUGUUGCGCAUGUUCGGCGCAACCCAAUCGUCUUCAGUUCCUACGAGUAGCUACCACUACAGCAAUGGAGGCACGCGCGAUCGCACGGGCCGACGCAGUCCGGCGAGCAGUCCGCCCUCGACAACGCAUCAGAUCUAUCGCGAUCGCGAGCGGGACAGAGACCGCAGUGUGCCCAACAUACACGAACUUACCACGCGCACCGUUAACAUGUCACGUGAUCAGCAGGUCGAUCAUGGUUUCGGAAUAUGCGUCAAAGGAGGCAAAGACUCAGGCUUAGGUGUUUACAUCUCACGCAUCGAGGAGAACUCUGUGGCGGAACGCGCUGGUCUCCGACCCGGUGAUACAAUCCUAGAGGUGAACGGCACGCCAUUCACUUCAAUCAAUCACGAGGAGGCGCUGAAGAGAUGUGUGCAGAUAUUGAAAUCGUCACGUCAAAUCAGUAUGACGGUGCGAGCGCCACCCACGCUGAACUCGACGGCGCCGCUGCACGGCUUCGGACCGCCCUCCCGAGAUCCGAUGUACGCUUCGAUGGCACCCCUGCUACCACAGAGUUCGGCGCAUGCGGCGGGAGCGGGUGGCGGUGCGGGCUUACCCUAUCGCCAGACCUGCUCCUGGAUGGAUCGUCACGGCCGACCCGCCUCCCCGCCCAUGGAGUAUGGCGGCAGGCGUAGUGAUCGCAGGGAUCGCAUACGUCGCGUUGAACUGCUCAUCGAACCCGGCCAAUCGCUGGGCCUGAUGAUACGUGGCGGCGUAGAAUAUGGUCUGGGAAUUUUUGUCACUGGUGUGGACAAAGAUAGUGUGGCUGAUCGCUCUGGCCUCAUGAUCGGCGAUGAGAUACUCGAGGUAAAUGGUCAGUCCUUCCUCGAUGUCACUCACGACGAGGCCGUCGGUCAGUUGAAAUAUCACAAGCGCAUGUCGCUGGUGAUACGUGAUGUGGGCAAGGUGCCGCAUUCCUGCACAUCCAUUGAGAUGGAGCCCUGGGAUGCGUACAGUCCGACGGGCACCAGAGCACGCCGAAAAGGUCAAAUCGCCACCAUGGUGGAGGAGAAGGCGCGCUCGUUGUUGCCCCGCCCCCAUUUUGCAAGCCUUUCCUACUAUAUUGCCGAAUAUAGUGCGAAAGCAAUGACCAUAGAUGCCUUUGUUGCCGUCUUAUUAGAGAUGUUAGAUACGUACGAAAAGCAUACGCUGGUGACGGAAAUACGGGAACUGGUAUUUCCCGAAGAUCGGACGCGCUAUGAUGAGCUUGUCUAUAGGCGGGAACGUGAUCCAUAUAGCGUGGAUAGGCAUAGGCGUAAGGGAGACCCCGCACGUGAUUUGCCGGAAUACGGCUGUGAUGAGCAUAGAACUCGACGGGGCAGCGAAACCCUAUUACCGGAAUAUGAACAAGAUGCGGAACAGGAGUUGGCCACAAAACUCUCAAGAAGUUUCGAUAUGAAGGAAGAGGGCGGCACUUUGCUGGGCGAUAAAGGUGUACGAAGGCAUCAGUCCAUGCAGCGUCUGUCAGCUGAGCAAAAUGGUGGUUCAACGACUGAACAAACACAUGAACACAAUCCAAACGUCGUACCUGAUCAUAGAGGCAACUUACACAUUACAGUUAAGAAAACCAAACCAAUUUUAGGUAUUGCUAUCGAAGGUGGUGCUAAUACAAAACACCCGCUCCCUAGGAUAAUCAAUAUCCAUGAAAAUGGUGCAGCAUUUGAAGCGGGCGGACUAGAAGUCGGGCAGCUAAUUUUGGAGGUAGACGGCACUAAGGUCGAGGGUCUACACCAUCAGGAGGUUGCACGCCUUAUAGCCGAAUGCUUUGCUAAUCGUGAAAAGGCUGAAAUAACCUUCUUAGUUGUCGAAGCAAAAAAAUCAAAUUUGGAACCGAAACCAACAGCGUUAAUAUUUUUAGAAGCCUAACAUUUGCUUGCCCUGCCGGCUAGUGACCCAUUGGAACGACAAAAACUCGAGUUCCUCUAUGAAUGGGGUAUCGAUUUAACGGAGACGCCAAAACCAAUGCCAACACCAAUACCGCUGACAAAAGCUAAAAAUCCACCGCCACUGCCUCAUGAAUUGCAUAACAACAUCAGCAGCAGCAGCAGCAAUCAACAAUAUCAUCAUCAUCAUCAAUCACAAUCACAAACACAAACUCCAACACAAACACAGCAACAACAACAACAGCAGCAACAACAGCAGCAACAGCAACAACAGCAACAAACAACACGUGAAAACACUACACCCACCAACACAGCAACAACAACAGCUACAACAAAACAACAGCAACAACAACAACACAGCAGCACAACACCAACAAAAGCAUCGCGUGAAUCAACACCAACACGAGAGCAACAAAGAGAACAAAACCAGCAGCAACAACAACAACAACAACAGCAACAACGUGAACAACAGCAACACAAUCGGGAGCGUCAGCAGCAACUGCGAGAGCAGCGAGAGCAUCGCGAACGAGAAUACCAACAGGACCACUCACAACCACACUCACACUCACACGCACACGCACACCAUCGUGAGCAUCACGAUCACCAACAACAAUACCAUCCCCAUCCCCAUCAUCAUCACCCCCAGUCCCAUCCCCAUUAUCAAUCAUCGCAUCAGCAGCAACAGCAACAGCAGCAGCAGCAACAACAACAUCGCUACAACAGCAGCAGCAGCAGUCACAGCAACAGCUACCGAACUCAUAAUAAUUCCGUUUACCAGUAAAUCGAAGGGAUAUCAUCAAAAACAACAACAACAACAACAACAGCUACCAAUAAAUGGAUAAUUGGACACAUUUUUUGGCAAUAUUUUCAACUGCUUUUCGAGAAGAAGAAGAAGAAUUCAAUAACAGUAAACAGUUUAAUUGUGCUAACAACCCGAAGAAUCAAUUGCUACAGCUCCUAAGUAACUGCAACAACAGUUUCUCUGCGCUCUCUCUCUCUCUCUCUCUUCGACUAACUCUCCACACCCCACGCUCUACGCUCCUCGCUCGUCGCUUCCUCAUGCACGCCAAUUGUACAACACCGAAGCGCUUUAUGAUACGGCACAGGAAAAAUUCAAGGGAAAAGCCCCAAAACAAAAUUGGACUAUCUAGUACUAGUACAUGCUGUAAAUGUAAAUCUGAAAGAUUGUAACUGAAUGUUGUAAGAGCUUGAAGCCCCCCACCACCGGUUAAUAUCAUUAGAGACCUAUGUGUAUGUACGUGUACUAACUAUUCCACACUCCUUCCUCUCUGUGUUGUUUUGUUGUAGUCGGGAGAGAUGCUCUAUCCAAAAAAAAAAAAAGAAGAAGAAAGAAUAUCAAUGAUUUUCAACUGAAGCUAUUCAUUUCUAUUAAAAGUGUUCAUUUGUGUUGGUAUUGGUUAGCGCCAUAUCAAGGACCUCCCAAACAGUGUUGAAACCAAGCCUCGUUUUGCAAAUUAAUAUCAAUAUUUAAAAAAAAAAAACACUGCCAAAAAAAACCAAAAAAAUUUAAGAAAAAAAUGUGAAAAACUGGUUUAGAGCAGCUCUCCCCGCUCUCACCGCUUUCCAGCACCGCUUUCCACACCUAAGCUCUUCCCCUACUUCGGCCCCUCCAGGCAACAGAUUGGAUUGACAACCAGCCAGAGACAUAUACACGUAUAUAUGUAACUCCAAAACACCCGAAACCAACCUAGAACUGCUCUUUCUCUCCCCUUUAGAAAACUCGAACGCUAAAAUGAAAAAAGAAAAAAUGAGAAAAAAGAACAAAAAAAUUAACAGUAUCUAUUAUUGUAUUAUUAUUAUUAUUGUUAUUCUUAUUAUUACUACUACAACUACUUAUGAUUAUGAAGGAAACGUAGUCUAAAAGUGUUAGUCGUUAAAAGUGUUAUGUUAAUGAGAAAAAUCAAUUUAAUUUGACAAACUGUAUAAAUCCCCCCACAAACAACAUCCCAACCAUGAAUAAAAAUCACAAAUAAUAUGGCAUACGUUAAGCUAAAUAAGAAGAAGAAACAAGAGCUUAUAAACAUAUAAAAGUAAAUCCUUAAACAAUAAGAGAAAUCAAUUAAUUAGCAGCAGACACAGAGACAGAGCCACGGACACUGUAAAAAGGACAACAAAGAACAAGAACAAAGAACACCACACAGCGCAAGUAAGAAGAAGAGAAGUGUUUCCAAAGCAAAAGAAAAAGACAAGAAGACGAAGCAGAAGCAGAAAGCUGCGGCUUUUGUUAACAACAACAAAAACAGCAACAGACAGAAGCACACACACACCUACACACACUCACACGCACUCACACACAUGCAUAUGCAUCGAUGUUUAUGUAAUUAACGCAGCUACAGCAACAACAACAAACAAAUGAAAGCCCACCUAAGCAAAUAAUUUGUAAAGUUAUAAAAUACAAAUAUCAAUUAAAUUAUAAAACACAUGUA